UCAGCCCCACGACUCCUUCCUGCUAAAACCUCCUAUGGCUCCCCAGUGCCCACAGGAUCGAGACCAAUCAGCUGAGCUUGUAAGACCCUUUGACCCACCCUGGCCCUCACUUACCUGUCCAGCCACCUCUCCCCUGUGAGGGAAACCACAACUAUGACAACCACACCCUACUAUUCCGCAUGAGCUAAGCACUGUCCCCUCCAAGUCUUUGCUCACUUGUGCCUCCUGCGGAAUGCCUUCUCCCCAAACUUACCUGAUGGAAAUCCACUUUGCAUGCCAGGUCUUUUUGGGGUCCUUUCUCCCACUGAGCUAUCAUUAUGCCGGGUUGCCUCCCCACCUGGACUUUGGAGCUCCAGGAAAACUGGGCCAGGUCCAAUGCACAUUGGCCCUCCAGGGCCCAGUGCAGAGCCUGGCAAGGAGCAGGUGCUCAACAGACAUGCCCCGUAUCCAAGAGAGACUUUGGUUCCGAGCUGGCACAGUCCUGCCCCAGGGUGGCUCGUUCUUGGUGACUCCAUCCCCCACUCCAGGCAGACUGACCAGGAAGGAAACUGGCCAGAGUGGACGCAAGUACCCGUCUGUCCCCCACCACCUCAGAGCACUAUAAACCCGGGGCCCUUGAUUGGGGGUCACAGUCAACGGCCUCAGAGUUCCUGGCUGUUCGGACCACUGCAGACACCUUUCCUGGCUACCCUACUCUGAGCUUCAGACACCAUGAACCCUCCCUCUACAAAGGUCCCCUGGGCCGCCGUGACGCUGCUGCUGCUGCUGCUGGUGCUGCCGCCCGCGCUGCUGUCGCCCGGGGCGGCCGCGCAGCCCCUGCCGGACUGCUGCCGCCAGAAGACGUGCUCCUGCCGCCUCUACGAGCUGCUGCACGGCGCAGGCAACCACGCGGCCGGCAUCCUCACCCUGGGCAAGCGGCGGCCCGGGCCCCCCGGCCUCCAGGGCCGGCUGCAGCGCCUCCUGCAGGCCAGCGGCAACCAUGCGGCCGGCAUCCUCACUAUGGGCCGCCGCGCAGGCGCGGAGCCAGCGCCGCGCCCCUGCCCCGGGCGCCGAUGUCCCGCGGCCGCUGCCGCCCCGUCUGCAGCGCCUGGAGGGCGAUCCGGAGUCUGAGCCCUUGAUCUUGCCCAGUUCUGGCCCUGCCCUCUCCUCCUUGUCCGCCCGGUGUCAGCCCUCAGAAAAAGGGCAAUAAAGACGAGUCUC